AUGGAUGAAGCUGAACAAUUGUUAGGAUUCUAUACCUACUGCUGUGUAUUGGAUGAGUGUAAUAUUGUCGUCUUUCCACAUUAUAUCGGCCCAUACCAGAAGAUAUUGUUGAUGUUGCAGAUAGGUGAAUGUGUGGCAAGAUGGUGGAGACCGAACUUCAAAACCUAUAUGUAUUCAUACUGUCCUCCUCACAUAACAAAAUCAAAGGAGUGCAGAGUGCUUUACAUGGUCCAUUUAUCUGAUAGGGGAUACUUUGAGGUGCCGGGAGAUCUAGCACUUCUUGCUGUUCCAAUGUUUCAACUGUGUGACAAUGUUCAGAAAUAUGGUCCCGUUAUAUCCCGCAUUCCUGAGCAGAUUUCCAGAUUUGAGUUUAGAAUGAACAACUAA